AUGAGUGAGGGUGUUUGGGGAUUGUGCACUGUCCUGCUAAUUAUCUUUCUGGACUUUUGCAAGAACGUCGUUUACUUGGCCAAGCAGGUCCAGAACCUCCCCGCGACCGUAAUUACAACCCUCCCCAACGGCACCAUCCAGAUAUCCCGGAAAGAUGUCGCCUACAUGGUCGCACAGUACGCUUAUGCGAUCUGGUUGGUCUUCAUGGCCCUCAAGGCCAUUGUUGGAUUUCGUGCCAACUUCAAGUUCAAUCUGCGAUGGAUGGGCAAAUACAAUAUCUUGUUUGGACUUGACACAGCGUUCGAGUUUGUGCACACGACCUUGGGCGUAAUCUUUCAGGAUCUCGGCUCCAUGGACGAUUCCAAGAUCAUUCGGCACUACGCCAUCAACUUUCUCAUCCUGGUGAUCCAGUGCUACGCAUUCUUUUGUGUAUGGAUGCACAGUAAGUGGGUUAUCACCGAGAUGCCACAAUUGAUGAACCCUGAAGGCCCACCUAUGACCUUCCUCCAACUUAUGGUCCCUUGGGCAUACUCCAGAUCCUCGACUUCUUCUUCUGACAACAAUCGGGAGUCGACUGCCGGUACAACCUCUGAAACUAGAGAGACAGGACCUGGAACUGGGACUGGAGCUGCUGUUGAUCCAAGGACUCUUGAAGAGGGAACUGCCACUGCAUUGGAAAUUGCACCAACACCACCACCAACAACUACGACUACGACGACCAUAGAAUCACAGCAUUAA